AUGAGCAGCCAUAAUAAUAACAACGUUAAACAAAAUGCAACUCCUCCUAAGAGAGAUGAGAACCAAGUAGAUCCCUUGGUGACCCACCGGGAUGAGAACGCUGUAAAGGCUCAAACCGAAUUAUCAUUUUCCAUAUGGAAGAGAAUAAAUCCUGGCUAUGUGAUACCUACAGAGCCAGUACUGUCAACAACAAAAGAUGCUUUCAAACCACAAUAUUCAGAUCCGAUUGACAAAUCCACGUUCAGGGCUGCAGACAAAUUCAGUCAGUGGAGAGAGGAAGAUUUGAAAACUUUCGGAAAGUUAACUUCAGCAACACCAAAGUCAUCAGCAGACAAGAAGCCGUGGAAGUUUUGA